CGAGCGGCAGAGCCGGAAGGAAGUCCAAGAGCCAAGGCGGUGAGGCAAGAUGGCGGCGACCAAGAGAAAACGGCGUGGAGGCUUGGCGGUUAAAGCGAAGAGGCCAAAAAGAAACGAAAAAGAUGCCAGGCCGCCAGCUAAGCAGCGCGACAUGGCAGAGGAGGCAGAAGAAGAAGAGAGAGACCGUAUCCCAGGCCCUGUUUGCAAGGGCAAGUGGAAAAAUAAGGAACGGAUUCUCAUCUUUUCUUCCAGAGGAAUAAAUUUCAGAACAAGACAUUUAAUGCAAGACUUAAGAAUGUUGAUGCCUCAUUCUAAAGCAGAUACUAAAAUGGAUCGUAAAGAUAAGUUAUUUGUGAUUAACGAGGUUUGUGAAAUGAAAAACUGCAAUAAGUGUAUCUAUUUUGAAGCUAAGAAGAAACAAGAUCUCUAUAUGUGGCUUUCAAAUUCACCUCAUGGACCAUCUGCUAAAUUUCUAGUUCAGAAUAUUCAUACCCUAGCUGAACUAAAGAUGACUGGAAACUGUUUGAAAGGUUCUCGGCCCCUUUUGUCUUUUGACCCUGCUUUUGAUGAAUUACCACAUUAUGCUUUGUUAAAAGAACUCUUAAUUCAGAUUUUUAGUACACCACGGUAUCAUCCCAAAAGCCAGCCAUUUGUGGACCAUGUGUUUACGUUCACCAUUUUGGAUAACAGGAUAUGGUUUCGGAACUUUCAGAUCAUAGAAGAAGAUGCUGCUCUUGUGGAAAUAGGACCUCGUUUUGUCUUAAAUCUCAUAAAGAUUUUCCAGGGAAGUUUUGGAGGACCAACUUUAUAUGAAAAUCCUCACUACCAGUCACCAAACAUGCAUCGGCGUGUCAUAAGAUCCAUCACAGCUGCAAAAUACAAAGAGAAACAGCAAGUUAAAGAUGCACAGAAACUGAGAAAGAAAGAACCAAAGACUAUUCUUCCACAUGAUCCCACUGCAGAUGUUUUUGUUACACCGGCUGAGGAAAAACCGAUAGAAAUACAGUGGGUAAAACCAGAGCCAAAAGUCGAUUUGAAAGCAAGAAAGAAAAGGGUUUACAAAAGGCAAAGAAAAAUGAAACAGAAAGUGAAUAGUGGAAAUGCAAAAUGAAUCAAUGGAUAACUAAUUUGCUUUUCAGUUAUUUUAUAUUUAUUUUGUAUUCAUUGUGUAAAUACUUUUAUUAUCCAGGACUGUCUUAUCUAAUUAGUGUGGCAUUUCAAAGAAAGAAAAAUUAAAAUCUUGUGGCUUCAGUGGUA